AUGUCAGAUGCAGCUCCAGAGGUUCCGCUCAACCCCGCUUUGGUUGGAGGGCCUGUGCUCGUCGGGGCUGUGCUUUCGUUCAUGCUUUUCGGGGCGUUGGUCGUGCAAGUUUACACCUACGCCAGCAAUGCAACUGGGAGUCGACAAAAGGGCCUUCACGGAUAUGUCACCUUCAUGGUCCUCUUCGAAGCGGUGAAUGUGUGCCUUAUAUUUCACAAUGCGUGGCACUCGCUCGUGCUUUCAAUAAGCAACCCGGCCCUUGUCUUCACUCCUUCGAUGAGUGCCCCAGUCCUCCAAAUUUUCAACGCUGUUGUUGCUACCUCGGUUCAAAGCUUUUUUGCUUGGAGAAUUUUCAUUUUGUCGUCCAAGAAGAUUGAGAAAAUCGCUUCCGGGGUUGUGGCUUCUCUCGCGGUCAUUGGAAUGGGCUUUGCAGUCUCAGUUGCUGCACAAUACUUCUUAAUCCUUGGAGGCAAAGCUCCGACUGCGAACGUCAAUUUGCUCGCCGGCUUGCAGUUGGGAACCCACCUUCUGUGCGACGGUAUUAUCACCGCUUCGAUGAUGGCUGUGUUCGCCGGAUACAAGGAACGUAUUGCAAUCGCCGAGACUAAGGAUCUCUUGAACACUUUGACCCGCAACACGCUAGAGAACGCCCUCGCUACCACUGUCGUCGCAUCCCUGAACCUCGCAUUCUUCUUGGCUCGCCCCGGAGAUCUCAUUCACGUCGCCUUCCAUUAUGUCAUUGGUCGCCUGUACGCCAACGUCCUCCUCACCAGUCUCAACAAUGGACGUCGGACUGGAAGCUCUGGUUCGAGAGGCGGCGCUACCUCUAGUCACUCCAUCUCACUCUCCAACACGAGACUCAAAGUCUCACAAGCUCACCCAGGCGCCUCUCGUGUCGUUGCCAUGGAGGAUGACUUCGGAAGACACACACAUCGCAAAGACAACGAUGUGCUCGUCACCGUCUCGAGCGAGGUGUACGUCAGCGAUACGAAGUAA